AUGGCAGCUUCAACCCUCCCACCAGACCUCUUCGACCAGACGACUCUCGUCUCGCUCUUCUCGACCGUCGCCAUCCUCGCGCUGGCGUACGGCCUGUCGCGCCGGUGCCUCUCGUCGUCGAUCGCGUCGAGCCUCCGCUUCCUCUUCAUCUGGCACGCCUUCGACGCGCUGAUCCACUUCUGCCUCGAGGGCAGCUUCCUGUACCACUGCUUCUUCUCGUCGCUGCCGCUCGACGCAGCCGCCGAGGGCUUCUACCCGGACCCGCACAACUUCCUCGGGCACACCGACCGCGUGCACGGCUCGCAGGCCGGCGGCGCUAAUCCCUUUGCGCAGUUGUGGAUGGUGUACGCCAGGGCGGAUAGGAGGUGGGCGGGCGUGGAUCUGGGCGUGGUAAGCCUCGAGCUCCUGACCGUCUUCGUCGUCGGUCCCAUGGCGGUCUCCGUCUGCUACGACAUCGCCAAGAAGAAUCCUCGCGCCAACAUCACCAUGAUCAUGUUGGCAACUGCGGAGCUGUAUGGAGGUUUCAUGACUUUCUGUCCCGAGUGGCUUACGGGCAACGUCAAUCUGGACAGCAGCAAUUUCAUGUACCUGUGGGUUUAUCUUGUUUUCUUCAACAUGUUGUGGGUGUUUAUCCCAGCCUAUGCCAUUUAUGUUGCUUCGGCCGAUAUUUUCGAUGCGUUCAAGAUCAGGAGCGCUAGAGUGGGUGCUAAGAAGGCCAACUGA